GGCGCGCUGGGGUGCUCAGAUUGUUCUCGAAGUGCGCCUGACAUUGUUUUUCUCGGCGAAAUUGUGUCGGUGCGGAAACAUCUGUUUAUAUCCUGUGAAUUUUGAGUCAUCCGCGUGUGUUUUUGACUGAAUUGAAACGGUGAAGAUGGUGGGAAUGCCAGGAUCUCUUGCAUUUGAUGAGUUCGGGCGGCCGUUCAUCAUAUUGCGCGAUCAGGAGCGGCAGAAGCGCCUCACGGGUGCCGAUGCUAUUAAGAGCCACAUCCUGGCGGGCAGGCAGAUUGCCGCCACCAUCAGGACGUCGCUGGGGCCAAAGGGGCUGGACAAGAUGCUGGUGAGCGGGGACGGCGACGUGACGGUGACGAACGACGGGGCGACGAUUCUGAAGCUGAUGGAAGUGGAGCACGAGAUUGGGAAGCUGAUGGUGCAGCUGAGCCAGUCGCAGGACGACGAGAUCGGCGACGGCACCACAGGAGUGGUGGUGUUGGCCGGGGCGCUGCUGGAGCAGGCGGAAUCGCUGCUGGACAGAGGAAUUCACCCCAUCAGAAUUGCCGAUGGCUUCGAAUUGGCGGCUCAGUGCGCCGUGAAGCAUCUGGACAGCAUCGCUGAGCCCUUCCCGGUGACCACGGACAACACGGAGCCGCUGGUGAAGGUGGCCAUGACGACGCUGGGCAGCAAGAUCAUCAACAAGUGCCACAAGCAGAUGGCAGAGAUUGCGGUGAAUGCGGUGCUUUCGGUGGCGGAUCUGGAGAAGAAGGAUGUGAACUUCGAGCUGAUCAAGAUUGAGGGAAAGGUGGGCGGACGCAUGGAGGACACGACGCUGGUGAAGGGCGUGGUGAUUGACAAGUCAAUGAGUCACCCGCAAAUGCCGAAGACGCUCAAGGACGUGAAAUUGGCCAUCCUGACGUGUCCGUUUGAGCCGCCCAAGCCCAAAACCACCCACAAGCUGGACGUGACGUCGGCGGAGGACUACAAGGCGCUGCGCCAGUAUGAGCAGGAGAAGUUCACACAGAUGGUGGAUCAAGUGAAGGCCGCCGGCGCCACGCUGGCCAUCUGUCAGUGGGGCUUCGACGAUGAGGCCAACCAUCUGCUGCUGCAGAAGGAGUUGCCGGCCGUGCGCUGGGUGGGAGGGCCGGAAAUCGAGCUGAUCGCCAUUGCCACGGGCGGCAGGAUUGUGCCGCGCUUCGAGGAGUUGUCGACGGACAAGCUGGGUACGGCGGGACUCGUGAGGGAGAUUGCCUUUGGCACCAGCAAAGAGAAGAUGCUGGUGAUUGAGGAGUGCAAGAACUCGAAGGCUGUUACCAUUCUCCUUCGCGGUGGAAAUCAGAUGAUCAUUGCCGAGGCGAAGAGGUCCAUUCACGAUGCCCUGUGCGUCGUGAGGUCGCUGAUUAAGGACUCGCGGAUUGUGUACGGCGGCGGAGCGGCGGAGAUUAGCUGCGCCGUGGCGGUGGCCAAGGAGGCUGAUCAGCUGUCGACGCUGGAACAGUACGCCUUCCGUGGAUUCAGUGUGGCACUCGAGAGCAUUCCUCUGGCUCUGGCUGAGAACAGCGGCCUGGCACCCAUUGAGACGCUGACGGAGCUGAAGUCUCGCCAGCUGAGCGAGAAGAGCAACACUCUGGGCGUGGAUUGCAUGCUGACGGGCAACUGUGACAUGAAGCAGCACAAUGUUGUGGAGUCUCUGCACUCCAAGAAGCAGCAAAUUGUCCUGGCCACGCAGCUCGUGAAGAUGAUCCUCAAGAUUGAUGACAUCCGAUCUCAGGGCGAUGUUUAACUCCUGCACAACGUCCACGUAUUACUAGCUUUGCGAACACGUUUUAGCCUAAUACUUCUCUGUAUUCUUUUUCCCCAGUAACUUCAUGCAUCAUCAUUAAUAAAGGAAGAUUAACAUUUUAAUACAA